AAGACUAAGAAGAACAGGAGCAACUUUUAACAGGGUCUACGCAAUCCCUCGCACAGCUGACACAAACACGUGCACAAACGCACACGCUCAAGGCUUGGCACACGCACACCAGGAGCAGCAAUAUGUACGAGGAGCAGGCGACAAAGGUCAAGAUCACAUCUGUGGUGAUAAUCAUCGGCAUGCUUGCGAUGCUGACUGCAGUGGUAACCGACCACUGGGCCGUCCUGAGUCCCCGGGUGGAGCGUCUCAAUGCCACAUGUGAGGCAGCCCAUUUUGGCCUCUGGAGGCUUUGCAAAAAGAGCAUCUUCAUGGUUAAAGAAGACCCUCAGGGCAAAGGAUGCGGCCCAAUCAGCUUACCAGGAGCAAAAAACUGCUCCUACUUCAAACACUUCACAUCGGGUGAAGAAGCUGAGGUUUUUGAAGUAAAGACUCAGAAAGAGUACAAUAUCUCAGCUGCAACUAUCGCCAUCUUCAGUCUCUUCUUCAUGAUCCUGGGAACUCUGUGUGUGAUCUUUUCCUUUGGAAAAGGGCGAGACUAUUUGCUGCGACCUGCGGGGAUGUUCUUUGCCUUUGCAGGCCUUUGCAUUAUUAUCUCCGUGGAGGUGAUGCGUCAGUCUGUCAAGCGAAUGAUUGAUAGUGAUGAGACCAUCUGGAUUGAAUACUAUUACUCCUGGUCCUUUACCUGUGCCUGCGCCUCCUUCACCCUCCUCAUCCUCAGUGGAGCUGCCCUCCUUCUUAUCUCCAUGCCCCACAUGCCUCGUAAUCCCUGGGAAACUUGCAUGGAUGCUGAGCCGGACACGUUGGAUUAG